AUGAAAUGCUACGUCAACGUUAUUUGACCGUGUCGCCCAGUUUUCCCCAUGUUGUGCAAUGUUGUGUAGUUAGCCGAUGUACUGUCUUUAUAUCCGCCCCUGAUAUUCUUCUGUUUUUGGUGGUGUGUGCAUUGGUGCCUAGUUAUUGGUGGUGCUCUCGUUCUUGUCAGAGUAGAGACUGAAGUUGUCACCAUUCAUUUUCCAGAUUUUGAUCACAGAUGUCUGAUUGUGGACAAAUGGUUGAAAGUUGGAUGUCGGUACUGGGUCCUCUGCAGAGCACCUGCCGUCAGCUGGUCGCUAGGAUGACCGACCUGCCCGGCCUGGCCACCGGUCUGGGCCUGGGCGCCGUGGUCGGCUGGCUUCUGUGGCGCCCCGGCCCGGCCGCCCGCGCCCUCAGUGACACCCCCUCCGCGGGCGGAGACGCCCCCCGCGGACCCUACAUUGUACCAGUCAGCGAACACGACGACAUGAAGAUGAUUCUGGUUGUGCGUAUGGAUCUGAAGAUGGGGAAGGGUAAGAUCGCUGCGCAGUGCUCGCACGCGGCGCUGGCCGCCUACAAGCAGUCGCAGCGCCAGUCGCCCGAGUAUCUCCGUGAGUGGGAGCGCCGCGGCCCGGCCAAGGUGGUGGUCCGCGUAGAGGAUGAGUCGGCCAUGUACCGUGUGGAGCAGCGCGCGCGGGCCGCCGGCCUGGUGACGGCAGUCAUCCAGGACGCCGGCCGGACCCAGAUCGCGCCCGGCAGUGUGACCGUGCUGGGUGUGGGCCCGGCGCCGGCGGCCAUCUUGCAGGAGGUCACCGGCCACCUGAAACUGCUCUGACCAGACGCGGUGGGGUGGGAGGUAGGUGACAAUUGGGGACUGGGGAGGGUAGGCACUGUUUGUGAACGGUGACGUGAUACGAACACCAACUGAUCACGGCAGGGUCACAUUUUCGUUGCCUCGUCGUGAUCAGAUUGUUAGACACUUAGGCUGGUGAAUUUGUCGUUACGCUGGUAACGGCGUUGGCCUGAGCGGUUUCGUUGUUAAUGACAGGUCUGGUCGUCUGUUGUGACGUGUGCUGCUGCUUACGCCCAUGAACUCAUGCAGCCGUUUCGAAAAGUUUUGAAGCCGUCUUUACCUCUUGGCGACUAUUUAUGUUGUUUCGAAGGAAUGGUUCUACCAUUGAUCCCCUGACGUGUUAACCUGUACCGACAUCAGUUCAAUUCAACUACGGACGUUAAAGUGCAUUAGAAUGGGCACCGACAGAGUCAUAAGUGAUUCCUACUGAUAAUUUGGUAACAUUUUGGUGCAUUUUCUACGUGUGAAUGUGAUGUGACUGCUCGUUAAUCCGAUGCGGUGAUCCAUUUUCUCGCCUCACAUACCCGGGCCCGAUGUUGGUGGAUAAUGAAUGUUGUGGUGAAGGAAAGUUGCGGAACGCAACGUACUCUAUGUUCUUGUUACCGAUCACUUCAGCAUUCGAACAUUUCGCCGCUGAACCUAGUUUGUUUCUGUCCCGCGUUUAGCCAUAUCAGUGUCUCUGUUUCAAAGUCUAGUCUCUGCAGCUUGAGCUGCCCCACUCUGUACCGACCAAAUACAAACACGGUUGAAC